UGGCUAAACCAGAACUCUUUUUCGAACCACGCUUUCCCAAAUGUUCAAAUUCAAGGGAAGACACCGAUUCACCAUUAUGAUGGGAUCUCAAAUUGGCACCAGCUCAGACCACCGGAUCUGAAGGUGAAUAAGCAAAGGAAGAGAAAAACAGGUGGAAGAACUGUUGGGGAGGAGGAAAGUGUUUCCUUUACCGCAAAGGGAAUUUUCCUGAGCCACUUUGGCGUGGUCUAUGGUGGGCCAGAAGGCGUCCUUGGAAUUUAUCUGUACACUGAGAGGAGCAAAGGAGAGGAGACUGGCAGGCAACCCACAGCAUGUAAAACAGCUCCUUUCAACUAGCAAGUGGUCUUGAAGCCUUCAGGAAGGUCGAUGGGAAAAAGAGGAGGAAAUCAACGUUAAAAGGCAAGAUCCGAGAAUCCUAACCUCCGCCGGCCACUUCUCUGAAUCUAAGAGACAGGUUCCAAAAGCCUAACCGCAGGACAGCCUAGCACCACCCACCCCUGUGAACCAUGGCGACCACCUCCCCCACAGCCGCUGUGGUGACAGCCACCGUGGUGACAACAGCAGCUGCCAUGGACUUGCGUGACUGGCUGUUCCUCUGCUACGGCCUGGUUGCCUUCCUGAGCGAAGUGAUUGACAGCACCACCUGCCCAUCUGUUUGCCGCUGCGACAACGGCUUCAUUUAUUGCAAUGACCGGGGCCUGACCUCCAUCCCAGCUGACAUCCCGGACGAUGCCACCACCCUAUACCUGCAGAACAAUCAGAUCAACAAUGCCGGCAUCCCCUCCACCUUGAAGAAAAAGCUAAAUGUUCAGGUCAUCUACCUCUAUGAAAAUGACCUGGAUGAGUUCCCCAUCAAUCUGCCCCGUUCACUGCGGGAGCUUCACCUCCAGGACAACAACGUCCGGACCAUCGCUCGAGACUCCCUGGCGCGCAUCCCUCUCCUGGAGAAGCUGCACCUGGACGACAACUCCGUCUCCACUGUCAGCAUCGAAGAUGAUGCCUUUGCGGAUAGCACACGCCUCAAGUUGCUCUUCCUCUCUCGCAACCACCUCAGCAGCAUCCCCUCUGGCCUGCCCCGCACCCUGGAGGAACUGAGGCUGGACGACAACCGCAUAUCCACCAUCCCCCUCCAUGCCUUCAAGGGGCUGAUCAGCUUGCGGCGCCUGGUGCUAGAUGGCAACCUCUUGGCCAACCAGCGCAUUGCAGACUGACACUUCAGCCGCCUCCAGAACCUCAGCGAGCUCUCACUGGUGCGUAACUCUCUGGCAGCCCCACCUCUUAACCUGCCCAGCGCCCAUCUGCAAAAGCUGUACCUCCAAGACAAUGCCAUCAGCCACAUCCCCUACAACACCCUUUCCAAGAUGAGGGAACUGGAGAAGCUGGACCUGUCCAACAACAACCUGACCACUCUGCCCAAGGGUCUCUUUGAUGACCUUGACAGUCUCUCCCAGCUCCUGCUGAGGAACAACCCCUGGUACUGCGGCUGUAACCUCAUGUGGUUGAGGGACUGGGUCAAGGCCCGGGCUGCUGUGGUGAAUGUGAGAGGGCUGAUGUGCCAAGGCCCCGAUAAGGUCAGAGGCAUGGCCAUCAAGGACAUCACCAAUGAGAUGGAUGAGUGCUUUGACGUGGGCCCGCAGAGCAAUUCGGGGGUGGUGGUGGCAGCCAAGACGACUGCCAGCAAUGCUGCCGUCACAACCCCGCAGGGCUCCCUUUUCACCCUCAAGGCCAAGAGGCCUGGCAUCCAACUGCCAGAUUCCAAUGUUGACUAUCCAAUGGCCACUGGCGCUGGAGCCAAAGCACUGAUUCUGAACGUCAAGCCACUAACCGCUGACAGCAUCCGCAUUAGCUGGAAGGCAAUGUUCCCGGCAGCCUCUUUCCGCCUGAGCUGGCUGCGCCUGGGCCACAGCCCGGCCGUGGGCUCCAUCACAGAGACCCUGGUACAAGGCGACAAGACAGAGUACUUGCUGACAGCCCUGGAGCCCAAGUCCACCUAUAUCAUCUGCAUGGUCACCAUGGAGACGGGCAGCACCUAUGUGCCUGAUGAGACCCCAGUGUGUGCCAAGGCCGAGACGGCAGACAUGUACAGCCCCACCACCACCCUCAACCAUGAGCAAAACAUGGACCCAAUGGCUGGGCUGCCGUUGGCAGGGAUCAUUGGUGGGGCGGUGUCCUUGGUCUUCCUCUUCCUAGUAUUGGCUGCCAUCUGCUGGUAUGUCCACCGGACGGGAGAGCUGCUGACACGGGAGCGAGGCAGUCGGAAGAAAGACGACUACGUGGAGUCGGGCACCAAGAAGGACAACUCCAUCCUAGAAAUCAGAGGCCCCGGGUUGCAGAUGCUUCCGAUCAACCCGCACCGGGCAAAGGAGGAAUACGUCAUCCAUACCAUAUUCCCAUCCAAUGGAACCAGUCUUUACAAAAGCACCCACACCAUCGGCUACGGCACAACCCGUGGGUACAGAGACGGUGGAAUUCCAGACAUAGACUACUCGUAUACAUGAUGUAGAAUCCCCUCCCUCCUCCCACAUACAUCCCUCCUGACCCCCUCAACCGCCCAGCCACUUCUCUGUUUUUACCCCCCCUCCCUGUCCACACACACAAACACGUACACCAAGGUUUUGUUUUUUUGCCAAGGUGGAAAAAAAAUGGCAAAACACAAAAACUAUUUUCCAAGCAGAACCAGGUGGAACAAAAGGGGAGGGGAAGAAAGUUUUACAAAAAAAAAGAAAAGAAAAAGCAAACAAAAACAAAGCCUAUUUUGUAGAAAACCAACAAAAAACACACACACAAAGGUUUUAAAAAAAAGUAGACAUGGAGUGGGGCAAAGACAUAAUUUAUAUUUAAUAUACCAGAUUAAAAAAAAUACAUAAACAUACAACUCAGACCAUCAAGGAACAUUGGGUUGUUGUUGGGUCCCACCCCUCCCCCUGAGGGGGGGCAGGGGGAAGACCUGGAAGAAGGGAAGGGGGAAAGUGAAAAUGAAAAACAAAAAUGCUACCUGUUUUAUCUUUCUUCCUGUAUAAAUCCUCUAUUUUGUUCAGGAGUUAGAUUAUAAAAAAAAAACAUCAAAAUGUC